AUAUACAAGAAAUGAAUUUCUUUAUGCAUAUAAAGAAUUAAUAUUAGAAAAAAAAGGUCUAGGAGAGGAUCAUGAAUUACCUUUAUGUAGUAAUAAAUUUAAAUUUCCAGAAUUAGAAAAACAUUAUCGAAAUUUUGAUGAAGAUAAUGAUCAACAAUUUAAUGUAUCUUUUGAUAGAGAAUUUGAUAAUAGGAGGUUAAAUGAUGAGCAUGAUUUUCAUAAUGAAAAAAAUAGAUAUAAAAAUAGAAACGAAUUCUUUUACAACAAUAAUAAUAAUAAUAAUAAUAAUAAUAACAAUAAUAAUUAUAACAAUAAUAAUAAUAAUGAAAGAAACGAUUUUUAUUCUAGAAAUAAUUUAAAUGAUUCUUUUGAUUCUUUAAAUAAUAAUGAUAAUAACAAUAAUAAUAAUAUGAAUAGGAGAAAUAACUUUUCUAUACGUAAUAAUAAAUUUAAUAAAUUUAAUGACAAUAAUAUGUCAAACUUAAAUAAUAAUCAUAAUAAUAAUAAUUUUGAUCAUAACAAUAGAAAUAGUUAUAAGAAGAGUAAUUAUGCUACAGAUAAUAAUAAUAAUAUGAACAAUAUGAACAAUAAUAACAAUAAUAACAAUUUGAACAAUAUGAACAAUAUGAACAAUAAUUUAAAUAAUAAUAAUGUAGGUGGUACUAAAAAAUUGUUAUGGAGAGAUAGUGAUAAAACAGGAAGUAUGUCCACGUGGCGCUUAGGAAAAAAUUCUGUAACAAAUCAUAAUUCAAGUAUGAAUCAUAUGAAUAAUAAUAUGAACAAAUUAAAUAAUACAAAUAUGAUGAUGUCACAUAAUAAUAACAAAAUGGGUGAUCAUAAAAGAGGACAUAAAUCAUUUAAUAAAAAUUAUAAUAAUGAUUCAAAGAGUAAUAUAUCUAAUGAUAUGAAAAAUAGUACAUCUCAUGAUAUGAACAUGGAUAAUAUGAAUAAUUACAUGCACCAUCAUUAUAACAAUAAUAAUAAUAAUAAUAAUAAUAAUAAUAGUGAUAUCACAAAAAUGACGAAUAAAAAUAAUUAUGCUAAAGAUAGAAAUAUUAGUCACAUGAAAAGAGAAGAUUAUUACACAAAUGAUAGUCAUUACAAUGAUGGAUUGAAUAAUACAAAUAAUAUUAAUCAUAUUAAUCAUAUGAAUAAUAAUAAUAAUAAUAAUAAUAAUAAUAAUAAUAAACACCUGAACAAUAAUAAUACUGCUAACAAUUUUGCAAAUAAUCAAGUUCCUUAUAUUCAUCAUAUGAAUAAUAAUGAAAAUGUCGCAGGUGGACCAAACGACCUUGUUACUGAUCAUUCAAAAAGAAAUAUAGAAAAUUAUAACAAUCAAAACUUUGUCAGUGCAAAUAAAAACAGUAACCUACAAAAUAACUCAGCAAAUUAUUACAAUAAGGGUGUUAAUAAUAUGGCCAAGAAGACAAGCGAAUUGUAUAAUGCGUCUUCUUAUUAUGGGGUCUCUUCUAAUGUUAAUAAUAAUAUGGAUGAGUGGAAAAUGAAAAAAUACAAAAGGUUCAACAAUAGUAAUAUGAAUAAUAAUAAUAAUAAUAAUGUGAAUAGUAUGAAUAAUAUGAAUAAUAAUGCUCAUUAUAAUAAUCAUCAGCAUAUAAAUAAUAAUACAGGAGCUAAUGAAUCAUAUCGUUUACUAGAAGAAAAGUUUAAAAAAGAUAGCAAUCAAAAUGAAUAUCCACACAACUUAUAUAUGAAUAAGAAUAAUGAAUUGAAUAAAAUAAAUCCCAAUGCAUUAACCCAUAUGCGAGAUAACAACAAUAAUAAUAAUAACAAUUUCAAUUAUAAUAAUAACUUUAAUUUCAAUCAAAAUCAAUAUGGACAAAAAGGAAGCACCAGUGUUAAUGUCACAAAUAAUAUAAGCACAUCUAAUAAUGCAAAUAAUUCUUUUAAUUAUAUGAAUAAUAUAAGUAAUAAUAAUGAAGUAGUAGAAAAAAAUAAAGGAUAUUAUAAAGACUCCUCAAAUAAAAAUAACAACAAUAAUAAUAAUAACAAUAAUAACAAUAAUAAUAAUAAUAAUAAUGUUGUUGAGAAUGUCGAAAAUAAUUUAGUUAAGAAAAAUGAAAAAAACAAUACCUCUUCUCACCACUCUUAUGAUAACACAAAAAAUCAAACCACCAAUUUUAUUGGAUCACAUUAUUAUAAUAAAAACUUAAGAACGAACGAAAAAAGAAACUCAAAAAAUGAAAAAAAUAUUAUGGAAGAUGAUUGGAGUUUAAUAAGGAAAAAAAAUAGUAUCACAGAUAAUAAAAAGGCAUCUGAUGAUUUGUUGUGGCAUAAAAUGAGUGAACAGUUUGAUAGAAAUAAUAAAAGCAUAUUAGAAUUGUCGGAAAAAAAAAAAGAUCAAGUUACCAAUAAAAAUGAUAAUAAAGCAGAAGCAAAAAAUAAGAAUAAAGAAUCAUCAAAGGAUAAAAAAAAUGAAGGAUGCAACGUAAAUAAUAAGAAGGAUGAAAAAAAUAAUAAUAAUAAUGAUGACGAUCCAGAUAAUAAUAAUAGUAAUAAUAAUAGUAAUUAUAAUACUAGUGCUCCCUUAACAAAUACUUCCACUGCAGGUGCAAAAGGAAAAACACAAAAUAAUAACAGCAACAACAAUAAUAACAACAACAACAAUAAUAAUAAUAAUAAGAGUAGUCGUAUGUAUGGACAUUCCAUUUCAUCAAUUAACAAGGAACAUCAUGCAGAUAAAAAUAAUUACAAUAAAGACAAAACUGUCAAUAAUAACAUGUCCAUGUUAAAAAAUAAAAAAAAUAAUGACAGCGUGCUUUCCACUGGAAGUAAUAUAAAUAGUUUGAAUAAUAUGAUUAAUCACCUUAAGGAUAACGAAAUGAAUAUAGAUAAAAAAAAAAAAAAAAAUGUAGAAUUAAAUAUCCAUGUUGAAAAAAAUGAAAACCAAUUAAAUUCAAAAGAAGGUAAUAAUUCACCCAAUAAACUUAACAGUAACCAAAAUAAUAAUAAGCAGAAGAAGAAAAAAAAAAAAAAUGAAAAAGAUAAUAAAUUGACGAAAAAUGUAGAAGAGAAUGAUAUGAACAAAAAAUCAUACAAUACAAUAGAUAACAUGACAUCUGAACUAGAAAAAAAAGAUAUUAUGUUAAAUGGAAAUGAUAAAAAAACAAAUAAUAAUAUUCAUAAUAAUGAAAAUCAUAAACGUUUUGAUAAUGAGAAUUAUUUAUUUGGAGAUAACCAAAUUAAUAAUUAUUACUGGGAUAAACAACAACAACAACAACAUAAUAAUAAUAAUAUGUUGAUGGAAAAUAUGGCUCAAGAUAACUUGUUACAAAAAAUUAAACAUAAUAGUAUGAGUGCAGAAAAUUUAAAUGAAUGUUUUACACAUAAUGAUAAUGAUGUAUUAUAUAAUGCAGAGGAAUUAAAAUUAAGAGAAUUUAAAAAUAACCAUAUGAAUCUAUCAAAUAAUAAUAUUAUUAAUUACGAUCAAUCAACUUUUGAGGGAAAUUUUUCUAAUGAACACUUUCAAUAUCUUGGUUAUAAUAUAAAUGAAAAUAUAGACAAAGAGAGUAGUGUAUCUAACAUGAAUAUGUCACAUGUACCUACAAAUAGUUUUGUAGAUAGACAAAAAGAAUAUAUAGUAAAUGAUGAACAUAUACCAUUUAAUAGAUUAGAUAAUGAAAUGAUAUUUAAAAAAAUUGCAGAAAAACUUAAUAUUGAUGAAUCUGUUUUAAAUAAAUUAAGUGAAUAUGAUAAACAGGAGCUUUUAAAACAUUUAUUCUUAAGUAAUACAAAUGCUGAAGAUACAUUAGAAAAUAAUAAUAAUAAUAUGUAUAAUACUUAUCACAUGGACAAUAAUAAUAUGAUGUUAAAUAAUUUUGAUGACCAUUUUAAUAAACAUAAUAUUCCACAAGGUUAUCAUGAUGAACUGGUUGAAGAUAAUGUACAUGCAAAUGUAGAUAUGUUAAGAAACAGAUGUAGUGAAAAAAUAAAUUCUAAUAUACCUUCUAAUGUGUAUUCUGAAUGUAUGUUGAAUAAUAAGUCUAUCGAAGAAAAUAAAUUAGACGAUAUUAAUAAUAAUGAUAUUAUUAAUAAUAAUAAUGUUAUUAUUAAUAAUGAGGAUGAUAAUAAUAUUAACAAUAUUAAUAAUGAAGAUGAUGAUAAUAAUAAUAAUAAUAAAGGCACAAAUAAGUCAUCCAAAAAUGAUAACAAAUGGUUACGUUUUUUCAGAUUUAAUAAAAAAGCAAAUCCAAAUGAAGAAAAAAUAUUAAAAGAAUUGUCACAAGAAGAAGAUACAAAUAAUAAACAAGAUAGUAGUAGUAGUAGUAAUAAUAAUAAUAAUUCAUUCAAGAAAUAUUCAAAUAUUAUAGAAAAUACAAAUAAUCAUAUAAAUAAUAAUAAUAAUAAUAAUAAGAUGAAUACUGUAGAUACCUUUCUACCUUGUGAUAUGAAUGAAAAUAAAAAAGAACAAUUAUUUUUAUUAGAAAAAUCAACAUCAAAUUGUGAAGAAGAAACAAGAAAUAGAAAUAAUACAAGCAUUAGUAGUAGUGUUAAUAUAACAUUAGAUAAAAGUACUAACUCAACAUAUCAACGAACGAACUCUUCGAUGAUUAUUAUGCAAAAUGUUAUAGGAAAAAAUAAUAAUAAUAAUAUUAAUAAUAUUAAUAAUAAUAAUAAUAAUAAUGAUACAGUUGGUAAUUCAAGUAGUACAGAAGAUAUUAAUAAAGUAACAAAAAAUAUUCAUGUAAUAAAAGAACAACAAAAAUUAAAUCAGACAUCAUUAAAAAUUGAUGAAAAUGAUGAAGAAAUUAAUUUUAAUAAUGUCAUCUUAAAAAAUAUUCAGAUUAUGAAUAGUAUAAAUAAAUUAAAUGGAGAUAUAUGGCAAUAUAAAGAUCCAAGUGGUAAUAUACAAGGACCUUUUUCUUCAGAACUUAUGUUUUAUUGGUGGUGUUUAAAUUAUUUUCCUUAUGAUUUGCCUAUACGAUUUAAUGAAAAUAUGCCAUGGGUUCGAUUUAAUGAUAUGUUUCCAUUUGGAUCUUUUCCAUUUGUAUUACCUUUAACCCCUAUGAAAAGGAAUAUAAAAAAUGUAGAACCAGAAGAUGAUAUUGGUAGUUUUAAUAGUAAUAUGGCAAAUAGUAAUGUAAUAAAUAGUAAUAUAUUAAAUAAUAAUAAUAAUAAUAUGGUUAAUCCACAUAUGUUGUUCAAUAAUAUGAACAAUGCAAAUCUUAUGAAUGCUGAACCAUUUAAGAAUAUCAUAUCUGAUAGUAAUAAUAAUAAUAAUAAUAAUCAUUUUAACAGUUUGAAGAAUCAUUCAUUUAACAUAAAUGCAGGGGAAACAGGGUAUAAUAUAAAUAAACAAGAAUAUAUGAACGAAUUAAAACAUGAACUAUAUAAAGCGAAAGAAUAUAUUGAUUUGCUUAAAGAAAAAAAAAUGCAACUUGAAACUUGUCUCAUACAAUUACAAAAUAGAGAUCAAACAGAUGAAGAUGAAAUAAAAAUGAUUGCCCAGUAUAAUAAAAAUUUGGAAGCGUUGAAUAAAAUUAUUUAUAUGGAACAAGAAAAAUUUCUAAGAAUGAGCAAUAUUAAUAAUAUGAACAAUAUGAAUAUUAUGUAUGAUAUAAAAAAUAGUAUGAAUAAUAUAUAUAAUAAUAAUAAUAAUAUACAAUAUAAAAAUAAUAUAGAAAUUGAAAAUAUAAUUAAUCCAUAUAAAACAAUUGGAGAUAAUAAUAAAAAGGAUUGUUUAGAUUUAUUAAAUAAUCAUUUAAAAUCUGAUAAGUUCAAAAAUGAAUUAAAAGAUGUAUUAAAAAUUAAUACUACAGAUAGUGCUAUGACAAAUAAUUAUCAUAUGAACAUAAAAGAAAAUAACUCUACAACAUUAAGAGAUUCUCAUCAUUAUAUCACAACAACAACAAAUCAAAAUAAUAAUAAUAAUAAUAAUAAUAAUAAUAGUAAUAAUAAUAGUAGUCAUCUUUUAAAUACAUUGAAUACAUUUCUUUCCGAUAAAAAUAAUUCAUUGCAGGCAAUGAACCCAUCCGUUCUAUUUAAUGACAAAUUAAAUUAUCUAACCAACAAAUUACUACAAAACAAAAAAGAAAAUAUUCUUCUCAAUAUAAAUAAUAAUAUGAACGAAAUGGAUAUUUUAAACUUUCUUCAUAUGGAACAAAAAAAAAAUAUGUCUCAAGAAAAUAUUACUUCACAUAAUGAAAAGGAUAAUUAUAAUGAAACUGAAAAAAAUAGUAUAUAUAAUGAUAUGGAUUUAAACUACAACAAUGAUAAUAAUGAAAAUAAUGAUAAUAAUAAUGACAAUAAUAAUAAUAACCAAAUAGAUAAUCUCUUACAUAAAUUUAUCUUGAAUAAUGAUGCCAUAAAUUUACAAAGUGAAAAACAAAACAACUCAAAUAUAAACAACUUAUCAAAUAAACAAUCUAAUAAUAAUAUAAAUCCAGAAUUAUCACCCAUUACAAACAAUAAUAAUGUCAAAGUAACAAGUGAAGAUAAAAUCAUGGCAACACCAGAUAAUACUAUUAAAAAUGAAGAUAGUAAAAAGAGAAAAUCCAUUGCAACUACAACUACUACAACAACAACAACAACAACUUUAAUUAAGGAACAAAAAAAAAGUGAACAAGAAGAUGACAAGAUUAAUAAAAAUAACAAUGUCUCCAUGACAAAAAAAGAAAAAAAAAAUAAAAAAGAAGAAAAUAAAAUUUUAGAUAAUAAAAAAGAAGAAAAUAAAAUUUUAGAUAAUGAAAAAGAAAAAUUAAAAAAGAAAAGCCAAGUUAUUGAAAAUAGCUCAAAAGAACAAUUAACUGAUUUAAACAAAGAAAAAAAAGGAAAAAAUAAAAAAAAGAGAAAAGAUGAAGCAAUAGAUAAUACAACCAAUAUCAACAAUAAUAUAAUGACAAACACUGUAGGAAAAAAACAAACAAAUAAAAGUGAAGAGACUCUAAAUCAAUUAGUACAAGAAGAAACAAUAACAAAAAAACAUAAAAAAGAUAGUAAAGUGGCAAUUCCUUCAAAAGUAGAAGAAGACAAAAAAUGUAAUAUAAAAAAUGACAACAAAAAUAAAAAUAAUAAAAAUAAUCAAAAUAAUCAAAGUAAUCAAAAUAAUCAAAAUAAUCAAAGUAAUCAAAGUAAUCAAAAUAAUCAUAUUAUUAAUAACAAUCAACCCUUAAGCAAUAAUGUUGAAGAGAAAAAAAAAGGAAGCAUAAUAGAAAUCAAAAAAAACGAAAAAACAAAAGAAACAAAUAAUAAUGCACCAAAAAAAAAAGUAGAAAAAAUGAAAUGGUCUAUAUUAAGUGAUAGAAAAAUAGAUAAACUAGUAGAUAUAAUGAAAGUAGAAGAAAAAAAUAUAAAUAUGCAAAUUAAAUUAGAAAAUUCUAAAAAAAAAUUAUUAAAUAAUAUGAAUAAUAAUAUGAAUACGAAAAAAGCUGGAUGGGAUAUUAAUCAUAAUAAUAAUGAAAAAAAUUCAGAUGUUGCUGAUUUCCCAUAUUUAACAACAGGUGUUAAAACAAGUAAAGUUAAAACAUCAAAUAAAAAUACUGGAAAUAAUAAUAAAGUUAAUACAAACAAUCAAGAAAUUAAUCAGAGCGACAAAAAAAAUAAUAACAAUAAAAUUAAUGAAAAAAAAAAAUGGAAAAAUGAUAAUAAUGAUAAUAAUUUAUUAAUAGCUGAAGAAAAUAAAAAAUUCCCACCUCUUGUUAAUUCUCUAAACGUUAAAUCCGAAAAUAAAAAAAAAUCAAUUACCCAUGAACAUCAAGCAACAGAUUUAAAGCAAUUAACAGCAUUGUGCAAAUUACCCUUGGAUGAUUCAUUACUAAAUUUUUUGAAAAAUUUUAAAAAAGCUGAUGAAAUAUAUGCUUUUCUUCAACAUAGUGUAGAGGAUAAAAAAAAAUUAAACCAUUUUGCUAAUGAAUUUAUCAGAAUAAACAAUAAAAGUAAUACAAAUAAUAAUGAAAAAAAAAAAAAAUAA